AUGUCUCUUCUAAAUAAAGUAGUACCGAAAAUUGUGAUACAAAGCAAUGUAGCCCGUUUAUUACACACAACCUCAGUCUGCCACAAAGUCCAAUCAGGAAGGUACAGAAUAACCCCAAAGAAAGAUCUUCCUCUAACUUAUGAAAUGGCAAAUCCCCCUCACCAAAUUGCCCAUCGAAAGUCUUGGAAUUCUUGGAACACAUCAAAUCUUGAUGGUGGUUUGAGAUCAUCAGAAAUAGCUGUAGAGGAUGUAUUUAUUAGAAAAUUCAUAACAGGAACAUGGCAUAGUCUAUUUCUAAGCGAAAUUAUCAUUAAGAGACAGCAUAACAUAAUUAGGAUAGCUGGUCUUGUCUACAGAGGGGUUAGUGCAAGAAAGAUGUACUUUUUACUAGGAUAUACUGAGGAGUUGCUUAGUUUUUGGUUGCAGUGUCCUGUAAAAAUGGAAAUUCAGACUGUUCCAGAUAGGAAAGAUGUUGUUUUCAAAUAUAUUUAA